UGCCUCGGCCCCACCUGGAGACGCGGACGGGUCGCUUCGUGGUGGUGGAGCUGGUGGCCUGCAACGUGCUGCUGCCCGCCAUCAGGAAGAUGGCUGACCCUGAUUGGAUCAACCUGCUGCUGGUCGGGGCCUUCCCCAGGAAGACACAGGGCGAGGAGCCCUGCCCUGCAGUUCCAGUGCCAGACUCUCUGCCUCUCACAGUUCAGCUGGAUGCUGCCCCAGCAGUACCACUUCUAUCCCCGUCACCUGGGCGAGAAGCAGGGGCUGGUGGUGAGGAUGGUGUGGAUGUGCCAAGUGAGCCACCCCGCAGUGAGGGGGUUGUCCUGAGGCCACGAGGCCUGGGCUUGCUGUUCCCUUAUGAGGGUUUGGAGCUGGAUUCUCCGAGCCAGGAUGUGGAGCUGCUGGCACCAUCGCCUGCUGGAGAGCUUCUUGAUGAGCCUCUCCCUGAUGUUCCCACUCCGCUGGAGGGAGCAGACACUUCAGAGGAUGGGAUGGGGGAUCUGGAGGAUGGCCAUUCCACCAGCAGUGAUGCUGGACUGCUACUCCCCUCUGCUUAUGUUCUGGGCUCCUGCCCUGACAUCCAGAUUGAUCCAGUGAUGGAGACGGAGGAGGACAGUCCCAAGAAGUGCUCUGUGCAACGGCCCUGCACCUUGGGGAAAGAACUGGGAACACCGGAGGCCCUACCACAAAGCCCGUCAGACCCUGUUCAGCCCCUUCCCCUGCUCUCAUCCUCCCCGACUGCUCCCAUCAGCACCUUCAGCUUUGAGCCUCUCAGCAGCCCUGACGGACCAGUGGUCAUCCAGAACCUGCGCAUAACUGGCACCAUCACUGCCCGUGAGCACAGUGGGACUGGCUUCCACCCCUACACCUUGUACACCAUCAAGUAUGAGACAGCCCUGGAAGGUGAGGUUGCAGGCAACCUUCAGCAGAUGGCCUACCACACUGUGAACCGCCGCUACCGGGAGUUCCUCAACCUGCAGACCAGGCUGGAGGAGAAACCGGAGCUCCGCAAAUUCCUGAAAAAUAUCAAAGGACCAAAGAAACUGUUCCCUGAUCUCCCAUUUGGAAAUAUGGACAGCGAUAAAGUGGAAGCCAGAAAAAGUCUGCUGGAAUCUUUCUUGAAGCAAUUGUGUGCAGUACCUGAGAUUGCAAACAGUGAGGAAGUGCAGGAGUUCCUUGCUCUGAACACUGAUGCCAGGAUUGCGUUUGUCAAGAAGCCCUUUGUUGUCUCCAGGAUAGACAAGAUUGUUGUCAAUGCCAUUGUGGACACCCUGAAGACAGCAUUCCCCAGGUCAGAGCCACAGAGCCCCACAGAGGAUCUGAGUGAGUCUGAAGUGGAUGGGAAAUAUCAGCCAGAUGGGAAGAAGGCAAACAAGUCCAGGCUUAGGUUUCCAUCCAGCAAAAUCACUCCAGUGCUGAGUGUGAGUGAAGCACAUGACAGGAUUGUGUACUCUGUGAGGGAGGGCAGCGCUGUCUCUGGCACCCUGUCACUGGCUGCUAUGGAGUCCUUCAUCCAGAAACAGGAGAAGCUGCUGGAAGGAGUCCCCAGCAAAGCUCCUGAGGGCGAGGGGAGUGAAGAAGCCAAGGAAAAAUCUGUGCAGGAGGAUACAGAUGGGCUGAACACGUUGGAGCAGGAAGCACAUCUGGACACAGACACGGACUCUGAGACUGCUUUGGCUGACCUGGCCCUGGACUUGCUGCGUUUGCUGCUGAUGGAUCACUGGAGCUGGCUGGGCAUGGAGAAUAUCCAGAAGGUCUUCCACUUGCUCUUUGGGACCCUCAUUCAAAGGUGGCUGGAAGUCCAAGUGGUCAACCUGACCUGCACCCAGCGCUGGGUGCAGUACCUCCAGUUGCUGCAGGAGUCCAUCUGGCCUGGAGGAGUUCUACCAGAAGUGCCCAAACCAGCCAGGACAGAGGAACAGAAGAAAGCAGCUGCAGAGCAGGCCCUGCAGAGCCUGAUGGGGAUCUUGCCUAAUGUGGUCCAAGAAAUCCUUGGAACCGAUAAAUGUCGCAUGAGCUGGAGCCUGGUGCUGGAGUCCUUGGGCCACCCUGUUAUAAACAGGCACCUGGUUUUCUGCCUCUUGGACAUUCUGCUGGAGUUCUUGGUUCUGAAAGGCUCCAGUGAUCAGCUGGAGACUGCAACUGUCAUGCCAUCUGACUCUAGUGGUCUGGAGAAAGCAGGUGGUGCAGCACAUUAACAAGGGCUGGUGUAGCCAGCAGAGAAGGAGAGAAGCCACAGAAGGAAGAUGGGGAGUGGAUGGAAUGAGAAGAUGACAUCAGCCAUGAAGUCAGCCAGGAACUCAUCCCUGCAUCCCACGUGAUGGGGAAGCUGGAAGGCAAGCUGUCUCCUUGCUGCCACAGUCUUGUUCUAACAUCUUUUGCUGACUGAAUAUCAAGAGGCAAGUUGGGCAGACUGAUCCUAGGAAAGAGAACUCCUCCCUUGCUUGAAGAGGACUGGUAGCUUAAUUGUGCUUCAGGAUUACUGUGUAUCUUGCUUGAUGGGUCGUAGUUCAGUCCCAGAGACAUUCACUUGGAGGGCACAGGAGAGAAGGAGCUGACCUUUGUGUGGCACAUAGCACAUAAAUUGUCUCCUGCACAGCGCUCCUCACAGUGAGCUCUGGGAGAGGAGUGAACACCUCUGAGGCCAGAAGGAAUGCUGAAUGUGUGCCAGGGGAUGUCAGCUAUUAAAUAGCCUCCAGAGCAGCACCUUACCACUGUCAGACCAAUGACAAGGCAGAUGGACCUGGAAAAUGCAUGCAAGCAGAUCUGUAUUUCUCCCAGGAUAUGGACCACUGAACUGACCAGUGCAGGACUUUGCAAAUCAAGGAGAUGCUGCUCCUGGUGUUCUUAACAGAUUAAAGCACUGAAAAGAAGAGGCGUUGCAAGAGGAAAGCAUGCAAGAUCUCAGCUAAUUUCCAUGUUACUGUACCAAGUGGUGCUUUUCAUGCAGUUUCUGGCAGCUCUGAGAUCGUGUAACUUGAACAUGUACACUACUGACAGCAGAGCCUUGCCCUUCCCAGAGACAGCUGCUUAAUGAUAGACACAUGGCUGUGUUUCUUCAUGCUUCUGGUGUGUGUCUGCCUGUGUUGUGCAAUAAAUACUGGGAAGGAGCAGCUUGCUGCCUGGAAGUAUAUUGUUAGGAAGCCCCAGAACAUCCCAAGGCAAGGCACAAUGUAAUGAAUCAAUGCAGUUUUGCACAGCUUAUUGGAGCAGAUUCUCAGCAAUGACACUUCUGAGGUGGUAAAGUUGCCCACUUAUUUGGAACAGGAGGGAGCACAUGUGUUAAAGAGCAUAAGAGCAGAUUAGACAGUGUGCUAGAGAAUGUUCUGUAUGGGAUGAUCACAAAUGGCCAAGCAGCAGGUUGAGAAGCAGCACUCAUACCUCUAGACACUAUCUACUUGGAGUACCCUUUUCACCUUUUUCUUCACUGCCAGGCUUCUGAUUUCCCUUUUUUUUCCCCUUACAGCUUCCACUUAUUACAUCGCCUACCUUGAGGAGUGGGAGAAGGCAGUAGGGCAAGGAGUUGUCAGCCAGGGCUGGUGUGAUGUACAUCCCUGUUGUGCUUGGUGGUUUCCCAGGUGCUCAUGGUGUGCUUGCUUGCUAUUGCUUUUUCUUAAACUUAGUGGGUUUGGAGCACCAAGACUGCAUUCUGCCACUGAUUAGAGAUGUCAUUGUGCCUGCUGAGAAGGAUAAGACAGAGAUAGACUGCAGACUGCAUGCUACCAGCUCCACCCGGGGGCAGAGGCUAGCACAGUCCUUACAGGUCUUUGUCCCUGGAAGGAUGAGAUUUGUCUUUGCUCUAAUAUGCCCUGACCUCUGGCACUAGGCAAGCAGCUCAAUAUUUCAUCCUUCUGAUGGAAAUAAUUUGUGAUUUUUUUGCUGGUGGACUCGGAGGGCUGUAGCUUGAGAGCUGGCACUUGGCUGGAGUGCUUUGACAAUGAUUUGUGGUUAUACCAGGCAACUGCUUGGGGAGUGUGUGUGUGCUCUGCAUCCUUCAUGCAAAGCCUGCAUCUUGUGGGCUUGCUUACAUGGUGCAGUAGUAGCAUCUCCUCUGUGUUCCCUGGUCAUUGCAGGGGUGUUGGAGCAGGAGACUUCUAAAGGGGCCUUUGGACCCAUUCUGUGAUUCUGCGUGGGAAUGGUUGGGGCAGAGAGAUGAAGUAAGUUUACUUGCAUGCAAAUCAGCAGCAGGGUCAGGAGCAGACCCCAGGAGUUUGGAUUGUGAGAUCUUAGAUUUAAUCUCCAGAACUUUUUUUUUCUUAGAGCAAGGAAAGCACAAACCAGAAUUGCCAGAGCGCUUUCUCUAGCUCCUACAGGCUGGGCUUCAAACUCCCAUUUUCUCUGUAGAUAUUAAUCUGUUCUCACAGUCAAGAUGAGGCUGCCCAGGAACAGCAUAGGAACAAGUAGCCCCUCUCUGUGUCAUCUUGUUGAGCAAUACGAAAUCCAAUAAGAAACUCAGCUCUUUUUCUAAUGCCACUUCUUUGUCUCACUAUCACUUUCAAAUUAAAUUGAGCGCAACAGUGGCAAACUUCUGUACUCAGGUGGGCUGGAAGUUUAUUUCCAUUGGGUUGGAAAUAUUGCUUUGGUAAAGCAAACAAGGCCAGCAAAAAUAAAUGAAAAAGCAUCCUGAGGCAGAGGCUGCUUGUGUACAACAGUGCACAAUUUUCCCCUCUCAGGUAUCAUCAGCUCUGCUCCUUUCUCCCUGAGUAAGGGUCAUGCAGGUCCAUCUCAAUGUCCUUUGGGCACUGCUGCUUGGAAAGCUCUCCCUGAUACCAGACCUAGAGGAGAAAGCUGGUAAGCUAUAAAGAAAGAGGGAGGAAUGACCGAAAGAGAAAAUUGAAAUGUUAAUCUAAGAAAGAAAAAAACAACUGAAAAGGAAGGAGAACUUGAUACAAUGAAUGCUUGGGUCAUGUAUUAUUUUAGAUUAGCUCUGCCAUAAAAAGAUCCCAUACACCCUAUGAAAUCCAUUACCUAUAAGCCAGUGAACAUUUGUACAGCACAUGAUGCAGGGAUCAGAGCUGGAGCCAAGUUCCCUUGUAUGAUAUCCACCCCAGGCCCAACUGGUCCAUUUCCAGUAUCAACAACCAGAGGAUUAAGCAUUUAUCUCUGCAGAACAGCGGAUAAUUAUUAGCAGAUCAAAUAGUGGCUGUGCUCUAGAGAACAUUCCUGUGACUGUUUGUGACCUAGUGUGGCUUUAUUGCCUGCAGGUGAGCUGUAUGGAAUGGGAGAUGGGUUUUCCUGUGCUGUGUGGUGCAGGUGUUGCCUUGCUGGUGCGUGCCUCAGAGCAGGGCUUUGUGCUGGGAUGGCACCUGGCUUCCCAGAUGAAGGUGUGGUGCAUUGUGGCCAUAGGCAGUGGGAGUCAGAACCCAGCUGGAGACCUUCCCUUCCAGCCAGACCCUGGAAGAAGGGGAUCAGGAUGCUGCGAUUUGCCAUCUUCUAGAUUUAAAUGUAAAAUUCAGGUUUGGGCACUUCUGGCUUUCUUCAAAUAAAUUAAUACCAUUUUCCUGGCUGCCAUCCACUUCAGGUAAUUAUAUUCUUCCUACCUUAAUGCCACUCCAGCCCCUGUCUCCACCGGAUAUGCUGUACUCUAAUUCCCGUCUGGAGCUUGCUCAUUAUGUUUCAGUUUUUUUCUUUGUGCACAGAGGGCUAGGCAGCCUGAGCUGCUCAAAUAGUGGAAUAGUUGAGAGAAGCAGCCUUGGGCAUCUUGCAUUACCUGGUGUUGUCCCAGGGCAUCUCCCCUAAUGCGUGAGCCUGCUGAGCUGGGAAGCUGGAUGGCAGAAAUGAUUCUUCUCCUGUUUAACAGCAGAAAGCUGCUACAAACCCACCUGUUUUUGCUUGGAGUCUUGAGGGUGGUGCAGGUGGCAAUGGGGGGAAGCCAGAACUCCUUCAUGGUUCUUCUACCACCCUGUGCUGCCGGAUCUCUGGAGUUGCUGCAGACUGGAGUGUGUCCUUACAUACGUGUAGGUGGGGAAGAGACCUCCUGCCAUCAAGGGCAGUGCUGGCAGUGUCUAAUGGGGAUGUGCCCUGAGUUUCCUGCAGUCUUGCCUUGACCUGUGCUCUGUAUCCAGCCCAGAGCAGCCCUGAUGCCUGAGCAGUACUGCAAGCUGGUUUCAAGUGCCUUGUUUCCCUCUUGGAGCGCAGCUUGCUCUUCUCCCUCCACCUCCUAGUGGCUCCUUUGCCUUUAUAUCUCCCUGAAAUGAUGCAUUGAGGUUGGAUUUUUUUUUUCCCCUUCACAAAGUAUUUAAAGUUGCCCGUUUUUCCUCCCCCUUCCAAGGAGGCUCUCUCCAUCUCCUGGCCUUCCUGAGUGGCUGAAAAGGUUGCUGCAGCACUGCUGAAAGGUUGCUUGAGGAGAGCAUCCCCCAAAGCUCCUGCUUCCUUCCUGUUCCCAGGGCUCCUCCGUGGCCCCGGAGACAACGGGGACUCGAGGGCCAUCCUGGCAGAGAGGCACAGCAGGGGUGAGGAUCAAAGACCACAAACCACUGUUUAAAAUGAAUAAUACCCACCGCUCCUCUGAGUGCUGCAUCUGGCAGAGCCUCAUUAACCUUCUGUUUCCCCCUCCUACUCCUUUGCCUCUGAAAAUCAACAAAGCCAAACAUAACAAGUUGCCUUGAUUGAAGGAGGGUGAAGUGUGUGUGCUUAGUGUGAAAAAGCACAAGGGAAGCCAUGGGCUGAAGCCCUUUUUCCAUGCAGGCCACUUCACUUUUAUUGCGCUGGAAGAUGGAGCUCUUUGAGUUGCGAUGCUCUUUAUAGCUGAGCUCUUUAACUUUCUCCUUUCCUCCCCUUGCAGCCUUCAUUCUCCUCUUGUUUGGCUCCUUCCGCUCUGCUCCUUUCUUUUUUUGUCCUGUGAGAACGAGUCUUUUAAUCCCCUUGUACUGCAGAUUAAAGCUAUUACAGCCUCCCCAGCCUGACAUUUUCUCAGCGCAGCUCACAGCCAGGUCUUUAUGAGCAUUCUGUCUGCUGCUGCCUUUCUUCUCGGUGCACUAAACCUCCAUCCCUGACCUUUCCCUGCAGAAGGAAGGGCUGCGGUGUGCAAUCCCAUGUCUGCAGAGUGGUCUCAGCAGGGCUCAGGCUGUGGGAAAUGAAAACUCAUGGAAAUUAAUGAGUAAAUAAGCAGAGAAAGAGAAAAUGAUGGGAAAUAAGAGACAGAACCGAAGCAGAAUUCAGCAUGUUUGGGAACUGGUUGCAGAGUGUGGGUCUGAGAUGUGCAUGUGCAUGUGGCCAUGUUGUUACAAGGAGGCAAACCAUGAGCUUGGGGCUGCUUUUAGCAACGCUGGGGUUACCUGAAAGCUGAGGUGCAGUCCCACUGCAUGCCUUGUGUUGGAAUAAUGGCUGCUGGCACCUGCAAGGGCACUGCUUGGUGUUCAGUGUGUGAGCUUUCAGGGGCAGGGAUUCUGUAGUACUUGUCAGCAGUUUCAGGUGGGAUGUUAGGAAAAGUUUCUUUGAAAGAGCAGUGCUGCACUGCACAGCUGCCCAGGGAGGGGGGGUCACCAGCCCUGGGGGUGUUACAGAACUGUGGGGCUGUGGCACUCAGGGAUGUGGGCACGGUGGGGUGGGGAUCUGGGAGGUCUUUUCCAACUUGAGUGAUUCUGUGGUGGGAGAAGGAUCUGUUCUUAUACACGGAAUGGAGAAGGUGGUCUGAUGGCUCCUUCUUUCAGAUCUUCUGCAUGAGCUUCCUUGUGCUGUGCUAUCUAUGCAAGAGUGUAGGGAAGACCAACUUUCAGUCCGGCAGGGCUUUACUUGCAUCCGUGCCUGUAAGUUAUUUCACAUCCCUUUCAAAAGGGAGAACAGAGAGUUUGUUUCUCUUAGUAAGCAACUUGAGGGCUCAGCCUUCGUGCGCAAGGCUGGAAGGUGUUGAAGGGGCUGAUUCAGCACCUCCUGGCUUUGCUAAAGCACACAGAGCACGCAGCAUCUGCGCUUCCCAUUGCGUACCGGAGCAACUGUGGGGACUCCUGGGGCAGGCAGCAAAAUUGCUUUCCGAGUGAGAAUAAAAGAAGUGCAACUGUCCCCUUUUUGGGAACUGGUUUCGGGGCAGAAGUUCCCCCAGCAGCACAGCGUGCCCUAAUGAAAUGGAAGCGGGAGCUGCCCCCGGAGGGGCCCUACGUGUGAACCGCUGCCAUGUCGAAUCCACACCAAUCCCUCCUCCAGGAUCCCCUGCCCUGUAAUUACUGCUUUUCUCUUUGUGUGGGCCACCCCCCCCUCCUCAUCCCCUUUCCCCUCCCCCCCGUGUGCGCCCCAUAAGAGGAUAUUUGUAAUGAAAAUCGCUCGGCAGAAGCAGAGAACAAAAGCAGAGGCGAGAGGCGCUGGGCUCCCACCUCCGGCCGUGGGGUGGGCACGGGGGCCAGGAGCUGCUUAUUAACCUUAAUCUGCAGAAAGGGGCCGGAGCCGCGGUGUGCACGGUUUCAUAGCUACAGCAGCUCUCUCCCAGGCGUGCAGCCUUAUGAAGGGGAGAUCUCCCAGCAACGCUCCUGGCCGGGGCUCUAAUGCGUUUUGCACCGUGCCGUCUAAUCUGGGUUGGAAACCUCACCGGGAUCCGGCCCCAGGAUGGCAGAUCCCAGCCACGGCCAGACUCGUAAGCACAUAUCCAGCUCCAACCUUCUGGUUGCUGGGGUGAAAGGGCCUCUUCAUCUCCACAGGGAGAGGCAGAUGAAUCCCAGGCUCUAACGAGGACCUGCUUUUCCCCCCCUUCCUCAUCUCUGGCUCGAGGGCCCUUUAUUAUGUCUUUUAAUUCUCAGCUGCGAGUAGGAGGGAGCAAUAAGACCAGAGAAAUGGGGGGCAGAAAGCCCCUCGCAGUGGGGGAAGGCCUCAGCUGCUGGUGUGUGAAAUGGGAUGGCAGUGGGGGGAUUAGAGAUGUCAGCUCAUGGGAAGAAGUGGAUAUUUAAUAGCUUUGCUCACUGACUGCGAGGCGGUGAUGGGCCCAAGAGAACAUGACGUGGGAUGGAGAGAAAGACACAAGAGCUGAGCUUGUAUCUCUUAAUAUCAAAUUAUGGGCCUGGUAGCUCAUCUUUUCCGUAUCUGGUUGGCAUGGGAUGUUCCUGGCACAGUGAACCAAGCAGGGCUUCUUCCCAAAUGGGAGCCAUUGGCUGGGCCAUGUCCUCCUCCUGAUGGAUGCAACUUGUUCGUGGCAAGCACAGGCACUGAGCAUGUUGCUGGAUGGUCUGCGUGCAGCGUGUUGGGUGUUAGGAGAAGUUUCUGCUCUAAAACAGCAAUGCUGCACUGCACAGCUGCGCAGGGAGUGGUGGGGUCACCAUCCCUGGGGAUGUUCCAGAGCGAUGGGGAUGUGGCACUGAGGAACAUGGGCAUGGUGGGCUGGGGACAGGGAUCUGAGAGCUCUUUUCCAGCCUUAAUGAUUCUAUGAUUCUGUAUUCUGUGUUUUGCUCACGUUUUACAUCCAUUAAGGGAACCGAGUCCUUUUGAAGCAUUAGCACUCUGUGCUCUCAUCUCUGAUGCUGUCUUCUGCACGCAGAAUUCUUUGUGCAAAGAGCACAUGCUCCUGCACCCAUCAACAUUUUUGUGCGAUGACACCAACAAAAAUUGCUGGAUUCCUCCCUCUUCUCCAGAACACGUGUUGCACACUGUGCACUGCGUUUCUCACCCAGCUCACCUCUCUGCCCCAGGGGAAGCUGCCCCUCGUGGAAAAGGGCUGUUCAGAGUGGUUCUGGCAGGAUGGAGGUCGCUCCUUGUUGCUUCCUUUGUAACAAGUGAUGAAGGCCAAGCGAGCCGAGCCUUCCCAUCGUGAUUGAUUGGUAAAGAGCCUUCCCAGCACUGCACUUCAUCACUGCAUCAAAAGGCAACGUGCCCUUAAUGAACCUGCUCUGCUCUGCGCUCCGUCAAGCUGUGUUAAGCUUUUGUUUUGCUUUUGUCCGUGCAAGUGAAUUCUAAUAAACUAGCACAUGGCUGUUGUUUCCAGCACAAAGCACAUA